AAAGGAUUCUUUUCUGCUAACAUGUAAUGGAAAAAUUUAUUUAAAAGCUAAUGCUGUACCUAGCAUCUUUAACAUGCCUGUAAAAACAUAUUUAAAAAUUAACAAACCAUUACGAGAAUGUGACAAAUUUAAUAUUAAUUGUGAGAACUCUUCAAUUGAGCCUUCAACAACGAGUAAUACUUCUCACAGUGAAACGUUGGACAUCACAGUAAUAGAAAAAGAAAAUAUCAAUGUACAUCAGCAACAAUCAUACAUAGAGAAUUUAAAAACCACUAUAAACAUGGAAGAGAAUCAAAAUAAUUCAUACAGACAAAGUGCCUUUAUUUUUAAGAAGCAUACAACUAAAUUUGGAAUCAUACAGAGUUCACCUCUUGAUAUUUCAACAACCACAGAGGAAAUGACUUUGCAGGAAGAGCUUUGUAAAGAAAGAAAGAUUAAUGCAAAAUUAAAAAAAAAAAUAAAAAUCUUGCAACAAAGGAACAGACGAAUACAAAAAAGAAUAACAUCUAUGUCAUUACUUUUAAAGCAUUUGCAAGACAGAAAACUUUUAUCAGAAGAUGCUGCAGAAAUGUUACAAGUAAGUUGUACAAAUAUCUGUCAUACACAUACAUGAUAUAAUGAAUGAAUUACAAAGAAAUAAAUUUUGUGUAUGGAAAGCAUAUAGAUUGAUAUAUGAAUGUUUCAAUGACGGAAAAAGAAAUAAUAAAGAGACACUUGAGUAAAAAAAGAAAAAGACCUUUUCCUACAGCAAUUAAAACGUUUGCCGCAACGUUACAAUUUUAUUCCACGAAAGCCUAUGAAUACGUUCGGAAAACCUUCUUAAACAUUUUGCUACAUCCACAAACAAUUAAAAAAUGGUAUUCAUCUAUUGAUGCCAAACCUGGCAUAACAUUGGAAGCAUUAAGAACAGUACAAGCAAAGAUAAAUGAAGCAGCAGCAGUUGAGAAAAUAUUAUAUUUUAGCUUAGUUAUAGAUGACAUGUCGAUAAAAGAAGAAAUAGAAAUUGAAGGUGAUAAAUAUUAUGGGUACGUAGAUUUCGGAACAAAUCCAGAAAACAAUGAUAGUAUACCAAGAGCAAAUCAUGCUUGUGUUCUUCUCCUGGUAUGUAUCAAUGGAAAUUGGAAAAUACCCGUUGCAUAUUAUUUUAUAAAAUCUUUAAAUGGCGCAGAAAGGGCAAAUGUAAUUGAACAAGUUCUU